GUUACACUCCUGAGAUUUGGAAUGUUAUGGACACUGUUGCUAUAGACAGUGUUUCUGUCAGGGCAGGAUUUGGAAGACAACUUCCACAUCAUUUUUGGGUUGUAGAUGUGUUUUUCACCAGAACAGAAAUGCUAUUUUCAUAAUCUGCUUUUUAUCUUGCCUUUUUGUAAGUCGAAUCUCUGGUUUACAAAAUAUCCAGUUGGUCAGAGUUUAUUCUGAUAAAUACCAUGGUGCUUCAAUUGGUGUUACUUUCUGAAAGCAGCUGGGCUUGGGUGUAUAAGGGUCUUGUUUGCAAAACUCACCUGGGUAUAAAAGAACUCAGGUAGUGGGCAGGUGGAAAUUUAAAUGGGCUGAAAAUCUGAUGCUUCACUUCUCUGGGCUACUUGAAACUGGCAUAUGGCUAAGACAUCUGCAGACUUGGCAACUUCUUGCACCCGCCUAAAAGUUCACCAAGACAAACUUAGGAUGGCUGUGGCACCUUUGCCUCUCCAGUGCCUGGAGCCAGCAUCUGCGGCAGCCUGAGUCCUAAGAGAAAGUCUCUCACCUAGGAAUCUGCCCGUGGAAGGGAGGCAGAAGGAAGUUGCUUCCUUUGGUGCAGGAGUGAGUCUGUAGCUACGGCUGCCGCGGAGGAGAAUGGGGGAUUUCUGGCAUUCCUUCUCUGAGAGGCUGGCGCAGCCGUGCCGUGGAGUUGCAUGCGUCUUGCCUUCGGAGCUCUUCCACCUCGGCAGCAACCUUCCUCUCCUUUGUUUUCUUUCGCCCUAUUUUGGAGUUUUAUAAAAGCCUUUUGUUAUGGAAGAUGGAGAAACAAAGAAAGAGGAAAUCGCAUGCUGUAAUUCUGACAGCAAAUCUAUUUUCUCACCGAAUGGAACUGUAAUAAUGCGUGUAGCGUUUUGGCAAGGCACCUUCUGUAAAUAAACCUUCCCAGGAGUUUCUGACCUACUCCAGGACCCAUAGGAAACUUUUCUUGCAGUGCAGGGGGGCGAGGAGGCCCCUUACCUCGCAGCUCUCCUUUCAGGCGGGACUUUUAUUCUGACAGGCACACCGCCCAUCCAGUUUUGCGCCUGGGACUGCUUGCCAAGUUUGUGAGGCCCAAGGCUUUCUUGUGGGAGGACGCUGGGCUGUCUUCAUGCUCUUUGGCAAUGAUUAAAGUGAGGAACAAGACUACCAACGGAGACUGCCGCAAAGACCCCCGGGAGCGGAGCCGCAGCCCCAUUGAGCGUGCCGUGGCACCUACCAUGAGCCUGCACGGCAGCCACCUGUACACGUCCCUCCCCAGCCUUGGCCUGGAGCAGCCCCUCGCACUAACCAAGAACAGCCUGGAUGCUAGCAGGCAGGCCGGCCUCUCGCCCACACUGACCCCAGGGGAGCGGCAACAGAACCGGCCCUCCGUGAUCACCUGUGCCUCAGCUGGCGCCCGCAACUGCAACCUCUCACACUGCCCCAUCGCACAUAGCGGCUGUGCUACACCUGGCCCUGCCAGCUACCGGAGGCCACCGAGCGCCACCACCACCUGUGACCCUGUGGUGGAGGAGCAUUUCCGCAGGAGCCUAGGCAAGAACUACAAGGAACCUGAGCCGGCACCCAACUCUGUGUCCAUCACAGGCUCCGUGGAUGACCACUUUGCCAAAGCUCUGGGUGACACGUGGCUCCAGAUCAAAGCGGCCAAGGACGGAGCGUCUAGCAGCCCUGAGUCCGCCUCUCGCAGGGGCCAGCCUGCCAGCCCCUCUGCCCACAUGGUCAGCCACAGUCACUCCCCCUCCGUGGUCUCCUGAAGGGAGCGCCUCCUCCAACAACACGUGGAUGUGCAUGGUUUGCCUGAGCUUUGAACAGUCCGUGCUUUUAAAAAAAAAAAAAAAAAAAAAAAAAAAAAUGGGGGUGGGGGGAAGGGAUGGUUUAUUCGCAAAAACCAUGUUGUUGGGAUUUUUGUUGUUUUGUACUUGCUUGGUAUCCGUACAGGGGCGCCCUCAAACAUGAUAGCAGGAACUACGUGUGGAACAUCUGUCUAAUGUAGCAUCCUUACUUCCUGCCUCAGUUACCAAAGAAACCUCUGAUGCAGGUCUGCUGCCCCGACAGGGCCAGGACUCCACAGCGCUUUCUCAGUCACAAGCCAUGAUGAAUUGGUGACUCAGACGCUUUGUGCUUUUUCCUUUGCUUCUUGAGACCGGGGUGUGUGCAGCUCAGCUUCCACGGCGUGUUUGGUUCGGUCCGUGUGUGUGCGUGUGUAUACUUGAAGAGAACUGUCGUGUCUGAUUUGCACUAUUGGAGGAGGACUAAAGUUGCCUGCCAACUUUGUGUGAUGCCAGAACUGAGGGCAAACUGCUGAAAAACAAAGGGUUUAAGGAUGACAUUUCUGACCAUUUGUGUUUGUUGUUACUGUUUUUUUUUAAUCUAGACAAUACAGCUUUGGAAGGGGAAGUCUCAUACAGGUUAUAGGUCUUUCUCUCUCUAGAUUUCAGGUGCUUGCAACUGGACUGCAGACUCUACCAAUCACGGGCAUUUUACUUUCUCUGAACACUGCAGUUUGUUAGACUAGAGCUGAGGUUGGAGGAUUCCGUAGUGCUUUAAACGUGAUGCAUGUUUUAAUGGAGAAAAAAUAGCUGGUUUCUAUUAAUUAUAUAGGCAGUAAACAAAAACCUUAAUACUUCUUUUCAGAACGAGUUUAUUUUUGUCAGUUACAGUCCUAGAUAUACUUACUGCUGGUACAGUUGUGCUCUAAGAUUUGUAUUUGAUAUUCACUUUACUCACAGGUAGUGCGGGAGGCCAGCUCCUGGCAGGCCCUCGCGAUGAGCAGUGGUCAGCUGCGGUGUGGGAUGCUGGAUUGUGCUGCAGGCUGACAUCAUUUAUUUUUGCAUCCUUGUCUGCUUUGUUACAAGCUCCCAGGGGAGGUGGGUUUGUGUCUUCCAACUUCCCUACAUGCAGAAACUGCUCCCUUUGAACUCUCUUGGCUGAACAGCAGAUUACUGACAAUCUGUGAUAUGGUGUUUCUUACGCUUCCUCGUACGCUGGGGCCAAGGUAGUAUACAUUCCUCUGACUUUGUACCAUUAUUACUGCUUUAUUAUUUGCUAUAUUAAUAGUUACUAACUAGAAAUUAGAUGAAUCAAGCAUGACAGACACAGCUGUGGAGGUCACAGCUGCUCCUCUUUUUGGUCAAUGAGCGUUUCUAUUCCCUCCCCCAGGGUGUGUGCUGCGUCCCACCUGGCCCACCAGAAGCUCACGCAGCUGCCACCUGACCAGGUGACGCAGGCGUGGUCACCUCCCCUGCAAGGCUUUAUGGCCUCGUGCACACAGCAGGAGCCCUGGUUUCACAGUUCCACUGUUGGAUUUGGGAACCGGGCACUGGGUGAAAAGGUCAGAGGGUGGCUCUUGCUGUACUCACAGGGUGCUGCAGGCCUUUGGAAAGUGGAGGAAAAGCCCUUCUCCUUGCCCCGCACACAUUUCACUCCCACUCUACUGGGCUUCCAAGCUUGGCUUUGGCAUUCAGGCCCCUAUAUUUUCUGUAGGAAAAAUUCGUUGAGAACACUUUUUUUAUAUAGGUAAUUUUAAGACCAUCAUUACGCUGUGCGUAAAGAAUGUACAGAGAAAUUUGUAGGUAUUUUUUGAAGAACAUUAAUUUGUUAAUGAUAUGUAGCUAUUUAAUUUUUCCCUUUCCUAUUGUAAUCAUUCAUAUUUUUUGUUGUUUGGAAAAAAAAGUUGAUCUUUUUUUUGUCGUAGAUUUGUCUGUAAAAGUGCAGGAACACAGUUAUUCUAUGAGAACACUGCAUCUGCAUUAAUAGCCACUAGUUUGUUAUUGCUACAGGCUACUGAGUGUCGUAACAGGACAACAUCCCACUGCUGACCGGCUCGGUGGAGGACACUCCUGGGACAGGUCUCUUUGUCAGUGAACAAGGGCGUCACUCUGGGAGGGGUCGGCGGUGCUGGCGGCCGGGUCCCUGGUGCACUGACCUAUCUGGGAUAGGCAGUACCCUGGAGGGGGCCUCGGGCAGAGGGGGCAGCAGCAGAAAACCAAACAAACAUUUCACUGAGAAAGAGCCCCCUCCCUGCUCUAAGAAGGGGCUCCGUGAAGUUCUUCCAGAGCCGCGCCACCUGCAGUGCGCUCUGACCUUCUCUCCGUGUGUGUAAAUCUGUAAUAUACCAUUCUCUGUGGCCUGUUUUUCCUGGAAGAAGAAAAAAAAAAAGGUUUGGCAGGCCAUCUUUUUUUUGUACUUAAAAGUAGCCUUAAGAACAAUAAUAAAGUGCUCUUAAACCA